GCUGAAGAUCGAUUUAAGUUAGAUACUCUUAUCAUAACAUUUAUUUUACAGAUGGACGACUUCAGCGAGAGCAGCUCGAACGAAUCAGUCAGUGCACAAUGUGUUGGUGAUACGGGGAGGCAAUCUUUCGCGCCUUCGUUACUACCGGUAUCGAACCUUGCCCUUCCCAUGGGAGAGCAUUUCGAAAACCUUUUCACGUCUGGUUUUCGCUGUCGUAAUACGAACAACGUCAACAUCUCACCACAUCAGGAUCGAUACCUUUUGGCACCGGAACAUACGGGUAAAAGUGUUUCAGCCAGGCAGUAUUCAAUUCAUCACAGAGACCACACUACACAUGUUGGUAAAGUAGCUCCUUACCCGAAUAGUCAACCGCAAAUGCCAACACGACAUACUGGCAGAGCCAAAACAUCGUACUGGUCAGAUUCAAAAAGUUUUGAUACAAACACAUUCACAAACAGCUGUAAAGAAAGUCGUCCUCAGUCGAGAGAGGAUGUGCGCAGCGUAACCAAUGACUGGUUGCAUACAGCGCAAAGACCACAGAUACCACAAACUGAUUACACCCAGAACAUAACUCUGCACAUGCAGGACGUCGAACUAUGGCAAAAAUAUAACAAGCUGGGCACAGAAAUGAUAAUUUCCUCAACUAAAAGUCGUAGGAUGUUUCCCUCCAUACGAUUCAAUGUGCAAGGUUUAGAUCCUCGGCAACACUACUUUCUGUGGCUACAUUUUUCAUCUCCUGACUCACCUGACGAACAAUGGAAGUGGCGUUCGGAAUCGCAAUCUUGGGAAGUGCAGAAGAAGAAGGACAAGCGCAAAAACAAUACCCCAGAAACAAACGACACAAACGCAAAUUUCGAAAUAUACAAUCACCCGUGGGGUGCCGCACCGGGCUCAAGAUGGAUGGAAUUGCCUGUGAAUCUUGAGGACUUGCGACUUACUAGCGAGCCUAGUAAUACGACUGAUGUUAGACUGAUGCCUUUCAAGAUGUACAUUCCUGUGGUGUACAUCGCUCCUGCAAUGUUUGACGCCAGAAGUCAACAACACAAAAUGCUUCCAAUGCAAGCGACAUACUUCAGACUAGAGAUGCAGCAAUUUAUUUGUUCAUCUGCAUAUCAUAAUCCUAAAAUGACCAUUCUUAAGUGUCAUACGAACCCUAAGGCACGCUUUCGCAAAAUAAAUUGAUAUCGAUGACAGUAAUAAUCUAGAUAUCAUAUAAAUAUGUGAACUUGCGGUAAUGAAGACUAAGUACGCGAUAUAUAUAU